AUGGCGGCUUCUAUGACGGGGGAGCAGAUACAAGCCUUUGCCUACCAACUUGAGCCCCUUGCACCCAAGGGCCUGGCGCCUGCCGUCGAGUUUGUCGCCAUCAUCUUAGGCAUUAUCAGCGUCAUCGUCGUGUCACUCCGAAUCUACGUUCGUGCCGGUUUAUCAGGUGCUUCAUCACGACUCUGGGGCGUUGAAGAUUAUUUGGCAGUAAUAGGAACUCUUCCAUUUAUACCAGCAGUCGUUUUCGCAGUUCUUGCAUCACGCUUUGGCGUAGGAUUUCACGAUGCCGACCUCCCAUCACAACUUUACUUGAUUCGCGCCUCCGAGUAUCAGACCUACUGGGAAGUACUAUACUUCAUCUCGUCAACUAUUAUUAAGUGCGCCAUUGGGUUCACUUGUAUACGUCUGGAUCGACGGAAGCGAGUGGUCAUCUGUAUGAUCCUCAACAUGUCUGUAAUGGUGGUCGUAGCCAUCCUGGCUUUGAUCUUUGUCUUUGCAAACUGCACCCCGCUUGCAGCAACAUGGAACCCGGCAUUGGGAUCAUGCCAAAAGAAGAUCAGCUUGCAGACUGUCAGCUACAUCGUCUCUGCGAUUCAGAUGUUGACGGAUUGGACAUGCGCCAUUGUUCCCUUCUUUAUUGUGGCCGGCCUGCAAAUGUCUCGCCGUAAGAAAGUUUCAGUCAUAGCUAUUCUCGGCCUCGGAAUUUUCGCCAGUAUUGCUACCUGCAUCCGCAUGCCCUACCUCAAGUAUUACGACACUGCGAAAUACCCCACGGAGAUCGCCUAUCACCUGGGAGUCAUCAGCAUUACUUCCAACCUCGAGUGCAGUUUGGGAAUAAUUGGAUCGUCGCUUCCUCCCCUGCGAAAACUAUUCAAAUUUUACUAUGGCUCCUCUCACGACGGGAAUUACAAAAUCACAGGCGAGAGCGGAGACGCCCUUGGAAGUGCUGGCCCAGGUAUCAAGCUUGGCUCGCUCAGUGGCAACGACAGAACGUAUCAUGCAUCAGCCAAACGGGGCACCUCGCGUGCGGGUGCCAGAGAGCAUGAGACCGACGAUGAUGACUCUUCAAGUCGGAAAGGGAUAAUACGAAAGACCGAUAUCCAUGUCAGCACAUCAACAUUCCAUGUAUAG